AUCAAUUUAGCAUAAAAAUGUUAAAUGUUAACCUGAAAAUACAGUUACAUUAUAUUUGUUAACCAAGAGAAGAAUAAUCAGUGAAUUCAUUAAAAAUUAUACCACCAUAAAAUUUUUUAAUCGAAUUCUGUUAACACAUAUUUUUCUAUACAAUACAUUAUAAUAGGCAUCACAAACAAUCUGACUAUUCAUAAAGGAUACAUUGUUUUGAUUACUUACCACUGGCUUGAUACAUGAAGUAUGUUUACAAAUAAAUCAAAAGUACACUUCAUAAUAAUAUGGUUCCUUUAUUCAUUAAUUAAAAAUGGAUUGUGCAGCACACGUCAAGAAUGGUUCGAGUUUGCAGACGAAAGAAUUCCUCAACAUUGUGGUCGCAAUGCAUUUGAUGAAAGAUGGUCUAGGUACUUCAGUAAACCAAUCAGUAAGCGUAUUGUUGGUGGUAUUGCUACUGCUUAUGGUGAAUGGCCAUGGCUUGCAUCAUUGAUGUUCUAUCAGACAGCUCAACAAGUAAAAUAUCAAAGAGUAAUGCAAGAUGAUUAUGAAGAUUAUGAAUUACCACAGGAUGGUAAAGAGAUAGAGAAUGUUGAACCUUUGGAUCCAUUUAUACCACCAUCACUUGUUCACAAUUAUCCUGAUGGAUCAAGAAGAUUUCAUCUUUGUGGUGGUACACUUAUACAUCCUCAAUGGGUUUUAACAGCAGCACAUUGUUUCUUCCCAAAUAGUUUCUAUCCUUAUUUAUCAACGAAUCCUUCAAGUUGGAUAGUGCGAAUUGGGGAGCAUGAUAUGCUGAAUGAAUCUGUGGAACAUUAUGAUAUGGCUGUAUCAAAAGUUUAUUUACAUCCUAAAUAUGAAUCUGCUUCUAGCAGUGGUAAUGAUAUCGCUUUGAUUCAUUUGAAUGAAUCAGUCAAAUUGGGUAAAUAUGUGAAUAUUGCUUGUUUACCAUCGUAUUUCGGUGAAGAUGAUGAACCUGGUAAAGAAUGCUAUAGCGUUGGUUGGGGUCAUGAAGUUGAUGGUGCAGACAACAUCUCGACAAUAUUGAAGCAUGUUUCUGUGCCUAUUGUACCGAAUGAUCAAUGCACAAUGAAUUAUGCAACUUUACGAAAUGGACCUAAUCCAAUUGAUGUUACAAUUGAAAGCAAUGUCAUCUGUGCAGGACUUUCAGAAGGUGGUAGAGAUGCAUGUCAGUUUGAUUCUGGUGGUCCAUUAAUGUGUAAAGCUGAUAAUCAAUGGGUUGUAAGUGGAAUUAUUUCCUUUGGAUAUGGAUGCGGUAGAGCUGGAUACCCAGGAGUAUAUACACGUGUUUCAGACUAUAUUACAUGGAUACAAAAUGUGGCCAAUACAUUCACUUUCUAAAUUAAACUAUUAAUGUUUUAAUAAAUACAUAAAUAUUAUACUGGAUGUGAGAAAAACUUAAAUGGAAAUAUAAAUUUGAAAAAUAUUCA